AUGAGCAUGAGAUGCAGAAACUGGAAAGAAUCUUGUAGGAUUUCCUUUGAAGAUAUUAGUAGCCUUGAGUCUGAUUUUACCUCCACUGGAGUUUUGUUUCCAUCCAUCGCUUCCAACGGAACGUUCUCGGAUGUUAUUGUUCAAGUUGAGUUUGCACAAGCGGGUGAGAUGAAUGAUGAAAGAGUCGAUCUCAUCAUUGACAUGUACCGGAACAACUAUGAUUGGAGUAAGCAUGUAUGGGCUUAUCAUGAAACUCGACACUCAUACGUACCUAGUUCUGGUGAAGAAAAUACAGAAGCAGAAGAGGAUGUAGAAACAAGUGAGAAUGAAAUGGAAGAAGAAACAGAAUCUGCAGCUGCGCCUGUUGCAAGAAAGAGGAAAAAAUGGUUUCAAGAUACUGGUGUUCAGUCAAGGAAGAAGAGUUUACUCUCCCAAAGAUCAGCCGAGAAAUAUAGAGAGCUUGAAGAGGAAAUGAAGUCUUACAUUCAUGGCAUGUUUAAGUCGUCCUUCACUUCCUUAGCGCUUGAUUCGACUUAA